UGCAGUGGAAACGCCACAUAAUUUGUUUAUAAUUAAAGGAUUGAGGGGUAAAGAUUAAACAAUAACAAAUAUGUUAUGCUGUGUAUGUGUUCUGGAUGUUGUUGAUGCCGUCGAUGUUUUUGGAGACAUUGGAACUCAACUAAAUAUUGCAAAUAAAGUCGAUAAACAUCUGUGGUUUAAGCCCAAGCCCAAUGAUCGGAUAUGUGAUAAAUGUUGGAAUAUCAUCAAGGAGUUUCAUGAAUUUUAUCAAAAUGCCGAAAAAGCUCAUCAAAAGUUGCAGCAGGAGGCAUCUGCAAUAAAAGAGGAACAAUCCAUCGAGGUGUCACCCAUCAAAGAGGAAUUUCUGGACACAUAUGAAGAGAAGCCAACUCAGCUUGAAGUUGAGAUUGAAACAAAUAUAAGCAGUGUAAUACCGGCUGAUGAUUUUGAAAGGAAUCCUUUAGAAGAUGGUGAUGACUAUGAUGAUUCACAGCUUGAUAGUGUAUGUGAUGUAGACGAUGACUAUAUUGCUUCACCAGCGACUUCAUCAUUUUCAAGUUCAGCAGAUGAAGAUCAAUUAACCAAAAUAGCUUUGGAAAAAGAGAAGAAACCAAAAGUGAGAAGAAAGAAAAGAUUGGAAAAAACAUCCACACAAUCCAAAAAAGACGAUGAAGAGGCAGGUGUAAUCCGCAAGAAACGCAAAAGAUUGGAUCCCAAAUUAACGGAAGAAAUGAUACAGAAGCAUAUUUCAAUGAUAUGCAACCUAUGCAACGUUGAUUGCAAAACCUUUAUUGAGGUUGGCAAACACUUCAAAGACUGUCAUCCCAAAAUAAAGCCCUACAUAAUGUGUUGCAACAAGAGAUUUACCAGGCGACAUUAUAUAGCACAACAUGCGCUGCAACAUGAGGAUCCCAAUUGUUUUAGGUGUGAGGAAUGCAACAAAUCUUUCAAAACCACAUAUAACCUACAUACGCACAAUCUUUCAUUCCACCAACAAGAAGAAGAUGGUGUACAUGUCUGCGAAUUUUGUCCACAAAAAUUCCCCCGGCGCAAGUUGUUGGAGUUCCAUAGGCCAUCUCACAUACCCAAGGAGCAGUGGUCAUUCUUAUGUAUGAAAUGCCCCACACCAAGACCUUUCGCCAGUGAAUAUCUACUGAAGACCCACGAAAGUGUUCAUAAGCGAGAAACAAAUAUAUGUCAUGUAUGCGCCAAAGAAAUAAAAGAUAAGUAUUUGUUUGAAAAACAUGUGCGCCUACAUUUCGAAGAUAGUGGGCCUCGGGUAAAAUGUCCCUAUCCGGACUGUGAAAGUUGGCUUAAAGAUGAAUACAAUCUAAAGGAUCAUUUAAGGAGGCACAACAGCGAGGGUAUCAUCUAUAAAUGUCCGGAAUGUGAAAAGGUGUGUAAGAAUCGCAAAGCAUUAUCCCAACACAAACGCAACAAUCAUUCCAAUCGACAAUAUAAAUGUUCACAGUGUGAAAAGGUUUUCAAAAAGGCAAUAACUUUGAAGGAACAUAUGGCUCACCAUACUGGAGAAAGUCUUUAUAAAUGCCCCUUCUGCCCGAGAACAUUUAAUUCCAAUGCCAAUAUGUAUUCGCACAAAAAGAAACAGCAUACGAUAAAUGGUAAAAAUAAGAGUGAAAAUACAACUUUUUGAUUUUAAUCAUUUUUACAGUAUUUAAAAGUUUUAAUUUCUUGGCUUAACACUUGCCAAGCACCAUGACUUUUUUUAUUUAAUAUACAUAUUUCAAUUAUUUGAAAUACCUAGUAUUUAUUUUAAUUUAAGUGAAAAGAUUUUCAACCCAAAAUCCACACAAACAAAUAAAGAUACAACAUGAAAUUGGGUA